AUUGCACGCGCCCCCAUACGGUGGUCAGAAGAAAACCGUUGACCGUUAACUCACGUUUUGACUGAAGUUAAAUGCUUUAUACUUAACACUUCCAGCGAUAGGUAGGAUGGAGAGAGACCGGGGUUUUAACUUCAAACUGUUGAUACCUCCCAGGGUGAAUAACGGACAGGUAUCCGCAGUUCAUCCUCAGGAAGUCUUUGAGAACUGUGGGGUUUUCAUGAAUACAUUGCAGCAGGUUUACAGUAAAGGUUUUGAAAAAGAGCAGAGCAUACCUUUCCCCAAUACAAGCGUUGUUGCACCAACUAAACCAACCAGACCAGACUUUCCCAAGAUGAAAGCCGUGUCACCAAUGGAAAAAGGCGAGAAUAAUUGCAAUCCUGGACCACUUUAUUCCAAGCUGUUGGAUGAAGUUGAGAAAAUGAAGUGUUGGAAGGUCAAAGUUGACUCCGACACUGUGAAAAAGGAAAGGAGACUCCAAGAAAAGAAAAGAACGAUUGAAACUCAACGCAAAGCCAUUCAAGAAUUGCAGUUUGGAAAUGAAAGUCUCAGUGUAAAGCUGGAGGAACAGAUCAGUGAAAAUGAGGAUUUGACAAACAAAAACAACGCAACAAAGAAUUUGUGUAAUAUACUCAAAGAUACCUUUCAGCGUUCAGCUGAGAAAAUGCAUUUAUUUGAAUCCGAAAGAGAAGAAACUCAUCACCUCUUUAUGAAAAAUAGUGGGAUUAUUCAGGAACUGAUUGCCGCAUUUGAAAGCCUUCAUAUUCGUGCUGAAGCUGAUCAACAGGAGAUGCAGAAAGUCAAAGAGGCCUUGCUGAAAUUUGAAGAUCUAAAAAAGAAGUAUCAUCAAGAAUAUAACAUAAAGGAGAAAGAGGUUGCAGUGCUUCAAACAAACAUUGAGGAUAAGGAAAAUGAACUACAAAAACUCCUGCUUGACCUCCAUGAAAACCAGAAGCACUGCAAACAACUUCAAGAGGCGACAGAUAAACAACAUGAACUUCUCAAAAGCUCAAAAAGUGAACAAGAAUCCCUUCUUCAAAAACUGCACACUGCAGAGCAGCGCUGUGAACAAACUGAGAAAGAUCGUGAAGCUAUUGUUGCACUGCUGCAACAAAGUAAAGAAGAAUAUGCAGAGAUGAUAAAAAAAAAAGACUUAAGCUUGCAGGAGCUCAGCAGAGGUAAAAAUCAACAAGCAGAGAAGUUGGAACAGAUUCAAACAACCAUUCAGGAGCUACAGAAUUCACUUGCCUUAGAGAUGAAGAGUGCCAAAGAACUUGAGGAUAAGCUCAUGGAAAACAACAAGGAACUUGAAAGAAGGAACACACUGUUAGGAGAGAGCAUGGAGCAGAUUGCAAAGAAAGAUGAACAUAUCAAAAUCCUUGAAGAUGAACUGGAUGAAAAAUCAAAAUGUGUUGAGUCCUUGAAGGGUAAGAUUGACGUCACUGAAAUCAGAGUGGAGGAACUCACAGCUGAGCUUGCAAGAAAAACCGAAGAAGCCCAGCUAUUUCAGAAUGAAGCAGAGAUUGCGAAAACAGAAAAUGAGCUACUGAAGAAGGCUUGUGAAGCUGCUGAAAAGGCACAAGAAUAUUUAAAGGAGACGUCCACAGUGACAGAGAUCACAGUGCAGAAGCUGGACGGACAAUUGUUUACUGAAGUAAAGAAAAACAAAGAAAAUACCUUUCAGAUGGAGCAACUGAGGACAGACAUCACACAGCAUGAAGUAAAGUACAAAGAGCUAUUAUCCAACUUUAAUGAGCUGCAGUCUGAGAAGACAGUCAUUCAACAGCAGUUUGAGAGCGGAUCUUCUAGUGUGAAAGCUAUUGAGGAAAACAUGAAGGUGAGUGAGAAGAAGGCUGCAAAGCUCACAAGAGAAAUUCAAAGACUGGAAGAAGAAAACCAAGGUUUACGAGAGGAAGUAGAGUCCAUUAAAACCAAAAGCCAAGGAAAAUAUCAGGAAACUGAGGCUCUGCAGAAGAAAUUUGAAGAAAAUUAUGAACAUCUGCAGGAGGAAAUAACAGAAAAAGAAAAACAAAUCAAAUCUGUGGAAACAAAGCUGUAUAAUCUCAGGAAAAAAUGUGAAAUUAAAUUUAAAGCCCAGGAGGAAUACCAGAAAGAGAAUAAAAUGCUUAAGAAACAAAUAGCAAAGGAGAAUGCGAAAUCCAGUCAAUUUGAAAUUGUGAUCGACAGUCUUUACAAGGAAGCCCAAAACCUUAAAAGACUGAACGAAGAAGACCAUCAGAAAUUGCUUAACGAUUUUGAGUCCAAAUCAACCUUUGCAGCGGAGCUUGAGAAUGAGCUACACAAACUCAGAUUAACAGCAGCAGAGGCCAUCAAGAACAAGGAAGACACAGAACUCAAGUGUCAGCACAAGAUAACAGAUAUGGUCGCACUGAUGGAAAAACAUAAAAGCCAGUAUGACCGGAUGGUUGAAGAAAAGGAUGCAGAGCUUGAUGAGAAGAAAAAGAAGGAGAUGAAGGCUGUUGAUCAUAGGAAAUCACUGGACUUGGAUCUCGCAAAGCACAAGACAGAUAAUGAUCAGCUGAAGCAACAGCUGAAGGCAGAAAUAACAGAGAAGGAAAAUGUGCAGAAGGAGCUGACUGACAUGAAGAAAGAAAUGUCUUCAGAAGCAAGGACCAAGCAGUCACCUGCCUCAAACUAUAAACAAGAGACUCCAAGAGAGAGCUCUUCGAAGAGACACAUGUUUGAUUUUUCCAAGGCCAGGAAAACUCCCUCCUACAGCAAUGAUGGAAGUUCUGCAGUUAUGAAGAAAGCUAAAUCUGACAUUGAAUCCAUCAGUACAUCAUGUGGAACAACACCAAAGGCCAAGGAAAUUUGCAAUGAAGAGAAGAAAACCCCAAGAAGUAUUACAAACAGGCUUGGUAGAACAUCAAAGAUCAAAUGCUACAGAAUAAGGACACCUCCUUCUGCUGAAAAGGCAGCGAGCUGGGGGAAGAACUCCUUACUGCUGUCAGACUUGUCAGACAGCUCUGAUCAAAAUGAUAUGUUGACUUUUGAAAGAACAUACACACCAAAUGUUUCCGCUUCACACUGCAAACCCAACAUCUUCAAAAAGAUCCAGAGCCCUGUCACUCAUAAAUCACCAGGGACGGCUUUGAAGUUAGCUGCAAUGAAAAGGAUGAGAGAUGCUGGUUGGAUGGCUGUUACUGGCUGUGACAAAAAAAAGAAGAUGACCAAUGACAAGAUCUUUGCAUAA